AUGUCGUCCGCCGACAAGUCGAGGCAGUCCUCUGGCGGACGGUCCAUCUUCUCCCGGAGUAAGCACAAGGACAAGCGCUACACGGAAGAGUCCAGAUACCCCUCAGACGACGCCGCCAGCUUCCGGUCAUCGAGGCACAGACGGGAGUCGUCGGCCGUCUCGAUUGAUCGCCCCGGCUCCCCCGAUGGAGGCAUCAACCAGAUGGCCGGUGUGAUAACCUCUAUCCCCUACGACAGCGUGCCCAACGGCUCGCGUUCUCCGAUACCCGUGGAAUACCUACCCAAAGGCGAGCAGAUGCCGGUGCGCCGCGAGCCUCUUCCACACCACCUAAACAAGAACGGCAUGGACUUUCACCAAUAUCCCAGCUGGGACCAGACGAGUCAGUCUGGUGCGUACUCCCCUGGGCGUCAGCAGCAGCCUCCUUCAGGCUACAACAACAACGUUACUAUGGCUUCCAAGGGGGGGCAAGCCCAAUAUCAACAAUGGGGGCCUCCCAUAAGGGGAAGUUCAGCCAGCUCUAUUAACCAACCACAUACUCCCCGUUAUGAUUCGUACAUGUCUUCUACAGCCCGGGGCUCGGCCGACAACCUCAGCGUCUUCUCAGGUACUACAGACCAUCAUGAUGUCAGGAUAUCGCGCUCACCAAAUCCAGCAAUGCCUAGUGCGUCCUCUCAGAGCUCCUAUGCCGCCUCACACUACUCGAACCGCGACUCGCACCGAAUCACCAAAUUCCCAUCACCAGGUCCUGCUGCCAGUCCCGUCGGAGAAUCACAAGGCGGCCAAUUCUACUUUCCAAAGCCAGAUGACGAUAAUGUGGUCGAGCAGAUGUUCCUCCAGCUAAUGCAGAAGCGAGGAUGGCACAACCUGCCCGAGCAGGCCAGGAGGCAGAUGAUGGCGUAUCCAGCUCAGAAGAAGUGGACACUUCUCUAUCAAGAUCGACUCACCGAGUGGCAGGGCGAGCAGAAGCGCCGACAGACAGCGCGGCCGAACCAGUAUGCGGCUCCCGAUAUCACCACCUACUCAGAUGAGGAGGGAACACCCGAAUGGUACGUCCGACGUGUUAUGGAGGAUCGACUCGACACCAAGGGCAUGGGCAGUCUGGAAGUCAACCUGCGAACCCAACAGAUCGGCUGGGUUAAGAGAUUCGUCGAAUGCCAGGGACAGGUCGCCCUGAUGACCUUGCUGCUUAAGAUCAACCGCAAGACAGCAACGGGGCCUGCCCAGGACAAUACCCGGAUCGACAAGAACCUGGACCGCGAGUACGAUAUUAUCAAGUGUGUCAAGGCGCUCAUGAACAACAAGUUCGGAGCCGACGAUGCCUUGAUUCACCAGAAAGUCAUAGUCGCCCUCGCCACCUCGCUCAUUUCUCCUCGUCUCACCACACGAAAACUGGUCAGCGAAAUCAUCACUUUCCUGUGUACCUGGGGAGAGAAUGCCGAAGGCCACCUCAAGGUCAUUCAGGCCCUGGACGAAGUCAAGUCACAGUCUGGAGAAAAUGGUCGGUUCGACGCCUGGAUGCGCUUGGUGGAGGUUACUAUCGAUGGCCGCGGCAAAAUGGGUAGCUUGGUCGGCGCGAGCGAAGAACUGAGGACUGGCGGUAUCGGCAUGGAGAACCUGCUCAUGGAAUAUGCCGUUGCGACUCUCAUGCUCGUCAACAUGAUUAUCGACUCCCCGGAGAAGGACUUGGAGUUGAGGAUCCAUAUCCGGGCUCAGUUUACAGCAUGUGGUAUCAAGCGCAUCUUGACCAAGAUGGAGGGCUUCCAAUAUGACCUCCUGGACAAGCAGAUCGAGCGCUUCCGGACAAACGAAGCCAUUGACUAUGAGGAUAUGCUCGAGCGAGAGAACAGCAGCAUCAAGGACAAUGUCGAGGCCGAAGUCAAGGAUCUGACAGAUCCCGUUCAGAUCGCCGAUGCCAUUCAGCAGCGUCUUUAUGGCACCAAGACGCAAGAUUACUUCGUCUCGGCUCUUCAACAUCUGCUUCUCAUUCGCGCUAACGAUGGCGAAGAGCGUCUACGUAUGUUCCAGCUGGUUGAUUCCAUGCUGAGCUACGUUGCCAUGGAUCGGCGGUUGCCGAACAUGGACCUGAAGCAGAGUCUCAACUUUACUGUCCAGAGCCUGCUCGACAAGCUGCACACAGACUCGGAGGCUAGACAAGCACAGGAUGAAUCUCUUGAAUCGCGGCAGAUUGCCGAGGCGGCCAUGGCCGAGCGUGAUGAAAUGAAGGCCAGACUCGAGUUGGGAGCUGAUGGACUUGUUGCCAAGCUACAAAGGCAGUUGGAGGAGCAGUCUCGAUUUAUUGAUGCUCAAAAGCGACAGGCGGACGGACUCAAGGCCGAGCUGGAUAGCAUGCAAACUAUGCGAGCCAAGGAAGCCCAGCGGUACGAGUUAGAAACGAGAGAAUUAUAUCUCAUGCUUCGAGACGCCCAGGAUAUCGCUGCUUCCAAGUCGGUCAAGCCCGCCGCCAGCGCCAAAUCAGCGACUGGUGCGCCUGGAGCAACUGGUGAGGCCGACGUUUCUCGCAUGCAAGGCAUUCUGGACCGUGACCGCCUCAUGGAGCGGCUCCAGAUGCAGAUUGAACGUCAGAAGACGCAGUACAAGCUUGAAGGCCGUGUCUGGGGAGACGCGGUUGGGCCUUCAGACCGACUUCGAGCCCUCCGUGAAGAAAUGGACGGCAGACCUUCGACGCCCCCUGGCGGUGGAACGCCACCUAGGGACUUUACCAACAGUGUUUUGGGUAGCAUUCGCCGUAACACCAAGAUCCCUCGCAAGCCUAUUAGGAGAUCGGAUGGCGAGGUGAUUGAUGAGGGUGAUGAGACCGAGGGCGAGGACGGUGUUAUCUUCGAGAAGCCUAGAAUCAUUGAGAUGAAGCGGCCGACUAUUGACCCCAAGCAACAGGCUGGUCUCCUUGGUGAGAUUGGCUCCAAGGUCAAGAAGUACGAUGCCAGCGAUUCUGAGGAUGACAACACUGCUACUGGCCCCUCUCACCCAAGCAUGGAGACCUCAUCGCCUAUUACGCCUCCUGCCGAAGGCGAUGCUCCGAAGAUCGAAGUUACGGGUGCCGGCCCCCCUCCGCCUCCACCUCCGCCUCCUCCACCCAUGCCCGGUCAAAUACCCGGAGCUCCACCACCUCCACCACCUCCUCCGCCGCCGCCCAUGCCGGGUCAGAUGCCGGGAGCUCCUCCGCCGCCACCUCCCCCUCCACCAUUGCCGGGCAUGCUAUCACCAGCAUCGGCCGCUGGACCUCCUCCGCCCCCUCCUCCUCCCCCAAUGCCUGGCACCCCAGGUAUGCCGCCACCUCCGCCUCCCCCGAUGCCUGGCGGUGCCAUGUCUGGACACUUCUUGUCGAGGCAGCCCGCAUUUGCGCCCGCUCCAGGCAUUGGUCUGCCCGUCGUUCGUCCCAAGAAGAAGCUCAAGGCUCUGCAUUGGGACAAGGUCGACGCCCCUGAGACCAGUCACUGGGCAGCCCACACUCCCUCUGCUGAGGCCCGAGAGGAGAAGUACCAGGAGCUCAGCAAGAAGGGUAUUCUGGAUGAGGUUGAAAAGCUGUUCUUGGCCAAGGAGAUCAAGAAGAUUGGCGUUGGAAGCGGCUCUAAGAAGGAUGAUAAGAAGCAGAUCAUUUCUUCUGAUCUUCGAAAGGCUUAUGAAAUUGCCUUUGCCAAGUUUUCUCAGCAUUCUGUAGAAAAGGUUGUACAGAUGAUCAUUCACUGCGACACGGAGAUUCUAGACAACCCUGUCGUCAUGGACUUUUUGCAAAAGGACGACUUGUGCAACAUCCCCGACAACACAUCCAAGCAAAUGGCGCCAUACAGCAAGGACUGGACAGGCCCCGAAGCCAAGAGCCAGACCCGCGAACAAGAUCCUGCAGAGCUCACACGCCAAGAUCAGCUGUACCUUUACACUGCAUUUGAGCUACAUCAUUACUGGAAGAGUCGAAUGAGGGCUCUUGCUCUUACUAGAAGCUUUGAGCAAGAGUACGACGAGAUCAACGAGAAGGUCAGACAAGUUGUCACGGUUUCAGAGUCCCUCCGUGAUUCCGUUUCUCUCAUGAACGUUCUCGGUCUCAUUUUGGAUAUCGGUAACUACAUGAACGACGCCAACAAGCAGGCCCGCGGUUUCAAGCUGAGCUCCCUGGCCAGACUGGGUAUGGUCAAGGAUGAUAAGAAUCAGUCGACACUGGCCGAUCUGGUGGAGCGCAUUGUGCGAAACCAGUAUCCCGAGUGGGAGGGCUUCGCUGAUGAUAUCAACGGUGUCAUGACAGCGCAGAAGAUCAACAUCGAGCAGCUUCAGACGGAUUGCAAGAAGUACAUUGACAACAUUCGAAACAUCCAGACGUCACUGGACAGCGGCAACCUGAGCGACCCCAAGAAGUUCCACCCCGAGGACCGAGUCAGCCAAGUUGUCCAGCGAAUCAUGAAGGAUGCCCGGAGGAAGGCUGAGCAGAUGGAGCUGUACCUGGAGGAGAUGAUGAAGACAUACAAGGAUAUCAUGGUGUUCUACGGCGAAGAUCCUGCCGAUGAUGGUGCACGGAGAGACUUCUUUGCCAAGCUGGCAUUGUUCGUGGGCGAAUGGAAGAAGUCACGAGAGAAGAACAUCCAGAUGGAGGAGACAAGGAAGCGCAACGAGGCUUCGAUGAAGCGGAAGCACGCUCAACUCAAGAUCAACAAUACGGGCACCGAGGGCGGCCCAACAUCACCGUCCAACACGGGCGCCAUGGACUCGCUGUUGGAGAAGCUGCGUGCAGCCGCGCCCCAGACUCGGGAUCAGAGAGACCGAAGACGGCGAGCACGACUCAAGGACAGGCAUCAAGUUCGGGUCGCAUCAGGGCAGAAGAUUCCAGAUCUCAACGAGAUACCCGAGGCGGAGGCUUCUCUGAAGAACAAGGAGCCUGCUAUCGACGAGGAUGGAUCUACGCUCAGCCCUGGUGUAUCAUCACCUCGUGAGGGUGGAGAUGAUGUUGCAGACCGAGCUGCGGCUCUGCUCCAAGGCAUGCGUGGUGGAGACGGGGCAGACGAGAACGACCCUGAGAGGAGAGAAAGUCUUCGAAAGGCGAGAAGGCAAACAGCUGAGGAAGAGAGGAGGUUAAGAAGGAGACGGAGAGAGAAGAUGAAUGCAAGUCACACGGACGAUCUCAAGGAAGAUCCCAAGGAAGAGUCCAAAGAGGAACCACCAAAGGAAGAAUCAAAGGAGGAAAUCAAGGAGGAACCAAAGGCAGAAGCCAAGGAAGAGGUUAAAGAGGAGGCCAAGCCGGAACAAGUACCCGUCGAGGACGACGUGCCGACACCUACAGCGGCGACGGCCAGCGAAGCCCAAGCCCCGGCAGCAGCGGCGGUUGAGGAAGGGGAAAAGGCAUGA